AUGGCCGUCACGCUGCACACGACCCAUGGCGACCUCAAACUCGAGCUCUUUUGCAGCGCAUGUCCCAAGACGACGUACAACUUCCUCGCCCUCUGCGCGUCCGACGCCUAUAAUGACUCGCCCUUCCACCGUCUCAUUCCGUCUUUCAUGAUCCAAGCCGGCUCUCCUGCGGCCACUUCGACAAAGGACAGUCCCAGCGUCUAUGGUCAGCCCUUCGAAGAUGAGAUCAAGUCGCAACUCAAGCACAAUCAACGCGGUAUUCUGAGCAUGGCCAACAAGGGUCCCAACACCAACGGCAGCCAGUUCUUCGUCACCUUUGACAAGGCCCCUCACCUUGAUGGAAAGAACACCGUCUUUGGUCGCGUACUGGAAGGAUGGGAUACUCUUGACAAGAUGGAGUCGAUACAGGUCGACAAGAAGAACAGGCCAAAGGAUCCCAUUCGCAUCCAGAAUGUGCAAAUCCACGCCAACCCUCUUGCAGAUGAGCAGAGAUGAACCACAAAACUGCUAGGCAUCAAUCUGCCUUUCUCAACAUGCAAGAACGCACCAAGCUGCAUUACUACAGCAUUGCGCGACACGGAGCUACUCAAGCGUCUCACCGCAUGCGCCAUCAGCCAGCGAUACGCAAUCCUUGUCGCAUCGCACUUUCAGCAUACAUCAGCUGCCAUUAACACCAUGCGCCAAACCUCCUGACACAAGCCACAUCGAGGCUCACUGAUCAGUCACGUUCUCGACAUCUCAAGAGCGAG